AUGGAGCAGUACGCCUUUGCGGAAGACUACAAGAACCCGCGUGGCAUUCCGCGUGUGGAGUACAUUACCGACAUGCCCACCUUUGUGAAGAACGGCGGUGGUGCCGACACUCUCGUCAGCAAUCUCCUUGUCGAGUCCUCCAAGUAUGAACACAUGGAAAAGCGUCUGGUGAGCAGCAUUGCCAAUCUGGAUUACAAAAUCCCUACCAUUAAGAAGACUCUACAGGCAUUAAAUUAUCUUAAGAAACGCCUGCAAGAGGAAAAGGGGGAAGAAGGAGAAGAAAAGUCUGUGCGAUCUUACUACUGCCUCACCGACUCGGUCUUUGCAGAGGCCGAUGUCUUACCGCAGGAGACCGUUCAUCUCUGGAUGGGUGCGAAGGUGAUGGUGGAGUACAGUUUUGAUGAGGCCGCACAACUGCUAGAGAAAAAUCUCAAAAACGCCGAGACGAAUCUGAAAGCCACAAAGGAGGAUCUCGCCUGGGUGCAGGAACAACUCACAAAUCUGCAGAUUAACAUCUCAAGGGUGUACAAUCACGAUUUAAAGAAUAAGCGGAAGGAGGAUGACGCAGACGCGGAAACGGCAUAA